AUGCCACUUAGAAAGUGGAAGUCAAAUGCAUUAAAUUUUGAUAAUGAUGAAAUUGCAACUACUUCUUUAAAUUUAAAUAUUGGAUCUGAUAAUCCUAAUAUAAAGUUAGUUCUAGGCUUAGGUUGGCAAUCAGAUUCCGAUGAACUUUGUUUUAGUAUAAAUAAUAAAAUCCCCAGUGUCAUGACUAAACGUACUAUACUUUCUGUAAUUUCACAAAUUUUUGAUCCCUUAGGCCUACUCGCCCCUUGUGUUAUUAGUAUGAAAUGCUUAUUACAGAAAUUAUGGCUACUGAAAUUAUCAUGGGACGAUCCUUUACCAUCAGAUAUAUCAAGAUCUUGGAAUGAAUUUAUUAUCAAUUUACCCUUACUUAAUGAUCUGCGCAUUAUACGUAACGUUUUAGUAGAUUCUUAUACAUAUAUAGAUCUUCAUGUUUUCUGUGAUGCUUCACAAUAUGCUUAUGGAGCAUGUUUAUAUAUUUGUAGCGGAAAUGAUAACAGUGAAACUUUAGUUCGAUUGCUCAUGGCAAAAAGUCGAGUGGCUCCAAUCAAACCUAUGACCAUACCGAGACUGGAGCUUUGCGGAGCACUUGUGGCGUUACGGCUUUAUGAAAAGGCGAUUUAUACACUUCGAGUCAAGGCU